AUGUCUGCAGGAAUGGCGACUUUUGCCGGCAAAGAGAAGAACAAGACAGCCAGACACGACAGAGACCCGCGAGGCCUGAUUGGCAUCCCGGCAGGCAAACCCUCGCAAGGUCUUUGCAUAGUUCUUGCAUACCCAAAGGGACUGGGACCAAGACCCAAGUGGCGACAUCGGCCUAACGGGACCUCUCUUGAGCAACUUGCAUCACUUUGGUCCACCAGCCCUCGCCGUCUCGGUGCCGUUUCGAGUGGCAACAACGUCACGCCGCGACGGUUCGUUCGUCAGCCUGAGUAA